AUGCUAUUCCUCGUGAUAAAGACAAUCAGCGAACAUAGUGUUAAGUGUCCAAGUGUUGACGAUAAGAACAGCAAACUGGAUCAACAACAAGAAUUCGCCGUGGAUCUUUCCCCAGAUUCGGGGGGAUCUGCGGAUCGAAGAGAUCGUAGACCAACACGUCAACAUAACAACAGCCAUUAUCAUCGUCAAAGUUACAUGUUAUUUGGCAGAUAUGAAAACGAUUUAAACAGCGAUCCUGGGCCGAGUACGAGUUCUAGAGGUACGAUGCCGCGAAACGAAUCCCGACAGGCGGGCAAGCGACUGUUGAGGGUGACUCUCACGCCCCAAGAAAAAAUAGAUGCAAUUAAUAGGGUUCAUAACGGUGAAUCCAAAGCUGCUGUGGCACGCGACAUCGGCGUGCCAGAAUCCACCCUUAGAGGGUGGUGUAAAGCAGAGGAUAAAAUAAUGUCGCAAGUCAAUAAUAUAAAAACUUCGGGAACGACACUGCCGGGAACAUCCUUGGCAGGUUACGAACAUAUUUUGACAUCGAGUUCUGAUAAUACUAACAAUAGUACAGUGGGUGGUUUUUCAUCGAGAUCGACAUCAACGACCCAAGCUACAAUGGGAUUAUCGACUUCUGCAGUUACGGAGAGAACUGAGGAGUUUGAAGCCGGUCCAUCUCACAAAAGAAUCAAACUUGAGAAUAGUUCUGCCGGUACCACAAUGGCCAAUAACAUUUCAUCAGUUCGAGCACCGGUAGUUAGUGACACCUUAUUUAACAACUUAUAUAAUAUACCGAGUGAUGCAAACAAGACCGUAGCAACAGCCUUUUUAAACUCACUUGGGAAGGAGGUAUAUUUUCCUUAUCCUGGAUACGCGAAUGUUAUAAAUUUGAUUAAUGAAAUUGCUAGGACUCACGGUCCGACGUUUGCGCUGAAUAUACUGAAACAGCAACAGCAACUGCAACAGCAACUGCAACAGCAACAGCAACUGCAACUGCAACUGCAACAGCAACAGCAACUGCAACAGCAACUGCAACAGCAACAGCAACUGCAACAACUGCAACAACAAACUAAUAACGCAUUACUUAAUGGGAAUAAAAGGAAACAUAGUGCCCCAGGACUCACGUCAACUAUGGACAUCCCGAAACCAUCAUCGAGAACACAGAACAAUCAAUCACCGAAUAUGGAAAAAUCGUCUGGGAAUGUCUCUCAAUUGAAUUAUGAAAUCGCCAUGCCAUCGACUAGCAGCAGUGAUCCAGUCACAAACGUUCCUCAAAGAAAAACAUCCAGAAAAAAUAAAAGUCUUUCUAGUGUAAUAAAUGGUCUUUAUCAACCAUAUGAACCACCUUCCUUAAGCGUAAAAGCAGUGAAGUUUGACACUGUAAAUAAUAAUGACAAUGAUGACGAUAUGGAGACGGCGAGAAAAAAUUAUCCUGGUAUCUUGCCACCAGGAUGUAACGAAAUAGUGGAAUGUUGCACCAAGUUGUUACAAUGGUUACACCUUUACGGUUCGCCUGUAUGUACUGUGAAACAAAUAAGUUCCAUACAGCAAAUUUCAACACGUCUACAAGAUUGGAUCCAGAAGUCAAAAAAGGAACUUCCCCAAGGAACUAAUGAUAUGAGCUAG